GGGGUGAUUUUUGAGAGUUGCUUUUGAUUGGAGAGUUGGUGUAUUUGAUUAAGUUUUCAAAAUCUGAUGGAUUUCUAACAUGAAUAUGAAAUUUGUAUGAUUAAACCCUCUCUGAUUAUAUAGUAUCGAGAAAUUGAUAUUUUCAAAUAACAGGGGAUUGAGUUUCAUUAGAUGCAACAAUGCUUAUUAUAAUAUAUUCGAAAAGGAAAUAGACACUAGUCUGCUGGAAUCAGGCUUUGAAGAAAGUUCUGAGCAUGGAGAAAUUUAUGAAUGACUUUAUGAUCAGAGAUUUAUCAAAUUUGUGUAUAAGCUGGAGCUUUUAAACUUAUUCGGUACAAGCAACAUCACUUUGGUAACUGUAGACUGUAAACGAAAACAAAUUUUAUAUUUUAUUAAUCAUUGAUUUCCAAAGAAAGUUAAUAAUCUCGAAGUGUCCUCAGGUAUGUGAUUAAGAGAGGAAAUUUCUGAUUAUUACAACCCACUUAUUCAGCUUAGCUUCAAAGUCGUCAAAAAGGUAUCUUUUAUCAAGUACAAAAUUAAUGAGAUGCAACUUAAGAAAAUAAUCUCGGCUUUCAGACAUGUAUACGAACUGGGCUUAGUAUCUUGCGAGCUAUCAGUUCUAAGUGUUCCCAACUUCUCAAGAGCGCUUUCAAAUUGUCAGAUUGAAACUCUGAAUUUGAAUCAAACAGAAUGGUCUUUAAAUUGCUAUUUGAAAAGCAAUGUUUAUGAGUUCAAGUACUUAGUGCAAGGGCUAGCUAGUUCUUCAGAUUUGAGAUUAAGUCUUAAAACAAUUUAUAUCUGAGUAUGUGGAAUAACUCAAAAAGAAAUCGAAGAAUUAUUAAUAGAAAACCAACUUGUUAGAGUAGAAAUAAUUAAUAAAUAAAUGUUUUAGCCUUAAAUUUGUGAUGAGUUCGGGUUCUAACUAUUUGAAAAUUCAGUUUCAAUUUAGUACAGUUAUUUGUGUCUGUUCUGGAGAUGUCUCCUCGAUACAUUCUUGUACUUUUGCACUUGGUAUUCAAUAUUCACAGAUUUUGUCCUCAUAGAUAAAUACUACACAGUAAGUUUAAAAGAAUUUUUGAUAAAAGCAAAAUCCUUUAAGUGUCUUUUUGUUCACCUAACUAGCCUUUAUCAGCCAAACUAAAAUUAUCUUUGAUACUAAACUUAUUUUUGUUCACAAAGCAUUAGGGCCAGAAUUGAAGGGGCUACCUAGGGAUUUGAUUACUAAGGAACA